AUGGAUAUGAUUAAAUCAUUUAGGAAAAAUAAAAGACUGUCAAGUUCAUCGACUUCACCAAAAAAAACUAUAUCUAGAGUAUCAUCAUCAUCUAUAACUACACCAGAAUCAGUAAGUGAAAUUCUACAAUCUCCAAAAAAAGUUAUAAAAGCUUUAUAUGAUUAUAAUCCACAAGGACCUGGGGAAUUAAAAUUUCAAAAAGGAGAUUUUUUUCAUGUUUGUAUUGAUAAUGAAAAUGAUCCAGAAAUAAAACAAGCUGAAGAAAAUGGUUGGAUACAAGCUACUAAUCCAAUGUCAAAUGUAAAAGGUAUGGUACCUUUAAGUUAUUUUGAAGUUUUUAAUAGAUCUAGACCAACUACAUCAUCAAGUCAGAAUAGCCUGCAACAAGCAGUCCCAAAAAGAAAUUCAAACCAAACUUUAUAUGCUGUAACAUUCUAUGAAUUUAAUGCUGAAAGAGAUGAUGAAUUAGAUAUUUUACCUGGAGAAAAUUUAAUAAUUUGUGCUCAUCAUGAUUAUGAAUGGUUUAUUGCAAAACCAAUUAAUAGAUUAGGUGGUCCUGGUUUAGUUCCUGUAAGUUAUGUUAAAAUUAUUGAUUCAAUGAACCCUAGUGCAAAUAUAAAUAUAGAUACAACAAAUCGUGAUCAAGUUUAUAAACUAAUAAAUAAUUUAAAAAUUCCAACAGUUGAACAAUGGAAAGAUCAAACUGCUAAAUAUCAAGCAUCAACAAUACCUUUAGGUAGUAUAUCACAAAAUAAAACACCACCAGUAUCAGCACAAUCACAAUAUUUUGAUGGUCAAGUAAAUAAUAAUAAUAAUUCAAUAGAUUCAAAUAGAAGUUCAUUAACUUCAACAAAUAUAAUAGAAGCAAAUGUGGAUCUGUAUCAAUUAGAUCAUGGUAGAUAUCAAUAUUUAGUAACUGCAAAAUUAUCAAAUGGAAAAAUUAGGUACUUGUACCGAUAUUAUCAAGAUUUUUAUGAUUUACAAGUUAAAUUAUUAGAAUUAUUUCCCUUUGAGGCUGGUAAAAUUGAAAAUUCAAAAAGAAUCUUACCUUCAAUACCUGGUCCAUUAAUUAAUGUGAAUGAUUCAAUAUCAAAGUUAAGAAGAGAAAAAUUAGAUCAUUAUCUAACAAAUUUAAUUGCAUUACCACAACAUAUAUCUAAAUCAGAAGAAGUAUUGAAGUUAUUUGAAGUUUUAGAUAAUGGAUUAGAUAGAGAAUCAGAAUUAUAUCAAAGAAGAAUAAGUAAACCUAUAAGUCAAAAAUCAAAUUCUCAUCAAGAUAGAUUAUCACAAUAUUCAAAUUUAAAUAGAACUUCAGAUCCAAUAUUAAAUGAAACAAAUACAACAAGAUCAAGAGAAGCUUCCACUGUAUCCUUGUCUGAUCCUUCAACAAUUCAAAAAUUUAAAGUUAAAUUUUAUUAUGAUGAUGAUAUUUUUGUAUUAUUACUACCUAUAAAUCUUAGGUUACAAGACCUUAAAACAAAAUUGUUUAAAAGGUUAGAAUUAGAUGAUAUGAAACAACAUAAUUUUCAAGAUUUAAAAACCCCCAAUUCAAUACAUUUAUUUCUCAAAAAUGAUUUUGAAGAUUUUACAAAAGAGAAUAAAAUAGAUAUUGAUAAUUUUCAACCAAUUUAUUAUCAAGAUAAAUUAAAAGAAUUUGAAGUUGAUGAUGAUGAGAAAUUUCAUGGUGUAUUAUUUGAGAAAUGUAAAUUAAUGAUUAUAGUUGAUUAG